UUGUCCCCUACAGCACUCCGUAGAGUUCCCUUGGCGAGCUCCACGUAGGCCGCGCAGGCGCUUUGUCUGCACCCUUCACCUGCUGCCGUUGUCGCCGCCGCCGCCGGGGCUGGAUGGGGGGUCUGGGCCAGCCAGAGGCACCCGGAAAAAAGAGACGCGGCGGCGGCGACGCCGACACCUGCACCUGCAGGGCGAGUGUCCCGAGCUGUCUGCGAACCCAAAGAGGAGACGGCGAGGCCCGGCCCCCGCAGUCCCUAGUGUAGAGAAGGCGCCGCGGCGGCGGCGGGAGUGACUCUCUGGGCACCCGCCCUCAGGUUUCAUUCACACUCAGGUCCCAGUGCUGCGCCAUGUUCAAGAAACUGAAGCAAAAGAUCAGCGAGGAGCAGCAGCAGCUCCAGCAGGCACUGGCUUCUUCUCAGGCUUCCUCCAAUUCUUCAACCCCAACAAGAAUCAGAAGCAGAACAUCUUCAUUUACAGAGGAACUUGAUGAAGAUACACCCAACAGAGAGAAUGCACCUAUCCAGGCCACGAAAUCUCCCAACAGUCUUAAUGGAAGUGAAUCAAGUGCUACCCAGUCAGGUGACACGCAGUCUUUUGCACAGAAGCUCCAGCUCCGGGUACCUUCUGUGGAGUCUUUGUUUCGAAGUCCAAUAAAGGAAUCCCUGUUUCGAUCUUCCUCUAAAGAGUCCUUGGUACGAACAUCUUCCAGAGAAUCUCUCAAUCGACUUGACCUGGACUGUUCUGCCACCUUUGAUCCACCCUCUGAUAUGGAGAGUGAGACUGAAGACUCACUAGGGAAUUCAGACAGUCUCAGCAAAGAACAGUUAAUUCAGCGGUUGCGAAGAAUGGAGCGAAGUUUAAGUAGCUACAGAGGAAAAUAUUCUGAGCUUAUUACAGCUUAUCAGACUCUUCAGAGAGAGAAGAAAAAGCUACAAGGUAUAUUAAGUCAGAGUCAGGAUAAAGCACUUCGGAGAAUUGGAGAAUUAAGAGAGGAGCUCCAAAUGGACCAGCAAGCAAAGAAACAUCUCCAAGAGGAAUUUGAUGCAUCUUUAGAGGAGAAAGAUCAGUAUAUCAGUGUUCUCCAGACUCAGGUUUCCCUGCUGAAACAUCGAUUACAAAAUGGCCCGAUGAAUGCUGAUUUACCUAAACCACUGCCUCAGAUGGAGCCCCAGGCUGAAGGCAUCACUAAAGAAGAGAACACAGAAAGUAAUGUAGAGCCAGUAGUGGGAGAUGGAGCUUCUGCUAAAACAUUGGAAACACUUCAGCAAAGAGUUAAGCGUCAAGAGAAACUACUUCAGCGUUGUAAGGAAACAAUUCAGUCGCAUAAGGAACAAUGUACGCUGUUAACCAAUGAAAAAGAAGCACUGCAAGAACAACUAGAUGAAAGACUUCAAGAACUAGAAAAGAUGAAGGAGCUUCAUAUGGCUGAGAAGACUAAACUUAUCACUCAGUUGCGUGAUGCAAAGAACUUAAUUGAACAGCUUGAACAAGAUAAGGGAAUGGUAAUAGCAGAGACAAAACGUCAGAUGCAUGAAACACUGGAAAUAAAAGAGGAAGAAAUUGCUCAACUUCGUACCCGCAUCAAACAGAUGACUACCCAAGGAGAGGAAUUACGGGAACAGAAAGAAAAGUCUGAGAGAGCUGCUUUUGAGGAACUUGAAAAAGCAUUGAGUACAGCCCAAAAAACAGAAGAAGCACGCAGAAAAAUGAAGGCCGAAAUGGAUGAACAAAUUAAAGCUAUUGAGAAGACAAGUGAGGAGGAGCGCAUCAGUCUGCAACAGGAAUUAAGUCGAGUGAAACAGGAGGUUGUGGAUAUAAUGAAAAAAUCUUCAGAAGAACAAAUCAUUAAGCUACAGAAACUUCAUGAAAAGGAGCUUGCCAGCAAAGAACAAGAAUUGACUAAGACGUUUCAGGCCCGAGAAAGGGAAUUUCAGGAGCAAAUGAAAGUAGCUCUUGAAAAGAGUCGAUCAGAAUAUUUGAAGAUCACCCAAGAAAAAGAGCAGCAAGAAUUUUUGGCCCUGGAAGAGCUAGAGUUGCAGAAAAAAGCAAUUCUCACAGAGAGUGAAAAUAAACUUCGGGAACUUCGGCAAGAGGCAGAGACUUACAGAACUAGAAUUCUUGAAUUGGAAAGUUCCUUGGAAAAAAGCUUACAAGAAGGCAAAAAUCAAUCAGAAGAUUUAGCUAUCCAUUUGGAAGCUGAAAAAAAUAAGCACAAUAAAGACAUCACAAUCAUGGUUGAAAAACACAAGACUGAGUUGGAAAGUCUGCAGCAGCAGCAGGAUAACCUUUUGACUGAAAAACUCCAAGUUUUAAAGCAACAGCAUCAGACAGAAAUGGAAAAACUUAGAGAGAAGUAUGAACAAGAAAAGGAAACAUUGUUGAAAGACAAAGAGAUUCUUUUCCAGGCCCACAUAGAAGAGAUGAAUGAAAAAACUUUAGAAAAGCUUGAUGUGAAGCAAACAGAACUAGAAUCAUUAUCUUCUGAACUGUCUGAAGUAUUAAAAGCCCGUGACAAGCUAGAAGAAGAACUUUCUAUGCUAAAGGAUCAAGCAGACAAAGUGAAGCAGGAGUUAGAAGCCAAACUGGAUGAACAGAGAAAUCAUCACCAGCAACAAGUUGACAGCAUCAUUAAAGAGCAGGAGCUAUCUAUACAGAGAACUGAGAAAGCAUUAAAAGAUGAAAUUAAUCAACUUAGGCUUCUUUUAAAGGAAAAGGACCAAUGUUUGAAAGAGCAUCAAGCUCAUGUGGAGAAUUUAGAGGCAGAUAUUAAAAGGUCUGAGGGAGAACUCCAGCAGACUUCUGCUAAGCUGGAUCAUUUGCAGUCAUCCCAGAGUGCUUCGCAUGAGCAGGCAAAAGCAUAUGAGGAACAGUUGGCCCAAUUGCAGAAAAAGUUGUUGGAUUUAGAAACAGAAAGACUUCUUCUUACCAAAAAGGUAGCUGAAGUUGAAACACAAAAGAAAGAUGUCAGUGCUGAGUUAGACACACACAAAAUCCAGGUGCAAGAGUUAAUGCAACAACUUGAAAAACAGAAUAAUGAAACGGAGCAAACAGUAGAAUCUCUAACCCAACUCUAUGAGUCCAAACUUAAAGAUAAUAACUUAGAGCAGGAACAGACAAAGCAAAUCUUGAUGGAAAAGGAAAAUUUAAUUUUACAAAUGAGAGAAGGACAGAGCAAAGAAAUUGAGAUACUCAAACAGAAAUUGUCAGCCAAGGAGGACAGUAUUAGUAUUUUGCAUGAAGAAUAUGAAACCAAAAUUAAAAACCAAGAAAAAAAGAUGGAAAAAAUUAAGCAGAAAUCAAAGGAGAUGCAAGAAACGUUAAAGAAGAAAUUAUUAGAUCAGGAAGCCAAACUUAAAAAAGAGCUUGAAAAUACUGUACUAGAGCUUAGUCAGAAAGAAAAACAGUUCAAUGCCAAAAUGUUGGAAAUGGCACAGGCUAACUCAGCUGGAAUCAAUGAUGUAGUGUCAAGACUGGAAAUGAACCAGAAGGAGCAAAUAGAAAGUCUUACUGAGGUGCACAAGCGAGAACUCAAUGAUGUCAUACUAAUCUGGGAAAAGAAACUUAAUCAGCAAGCUGAAGAACUUCAGGAAAAACAUGAAAUUCAGUUACAGGAAAAAGAACAAGAGGUGGCAGAACUGAAACAAAAGAUCCUCAGAUUUGGGUGUGAAAAAGAAGAGAUGAACAAGGAAAUAGUGUGGUUGAAGGAGGAAGGUGUCAAGCAGGAUACAAUAUUAAAUGAAUUACAGGAACAGUUAAAGCAGAAGUCUACUCAUUUGAAUUCUCUCUCACAAAAUGAAAAUAAAUUGAAAGCACAACUUGAAAAGUUAGAGUUUGACCUGAGCCAAACUUUGAAGGAAAAUACUUUUCUUCAAGAGCAGGUAAUUGAACUAAAGACACUGGCAGAACAAGAUAAGCUUAAGGUUUCUGAGUUGACUGACAGGUUGAAAGCCACCAAUGAAGAAUUUCAGAGUUUGAAAUCUUCACAUGAAAAAAGUAACAAAAACCUAGAAGACAAAAGCGUGGAAUUCAAGAAACUGUCUGAGGAACUAGCAUUACAGCUAAAUAUUUAUUGUAAGAAAACUGAAGCCUUAUUAGAAGCUAAAACGAAUGAGCUAGUCAACAUUAUUGAUAGCAAAAUUGAUGUCAUUCUUUCUAGAAUUACUCAUUGUCAGCUCCACACAACUAAAAUUAAGAAGGCACUAUUAAUUCAGAUUUGCAGAGUUUCUGAAUUAGAAGCACAGCUUAAACAGCUAAAAGAAGAGCAAAGUACACUAAAUAAUUCUUUUCAACAGGCUACCCAUCACUUAGAAGAAAAAGAAAAUCAAAUUAAAAGCAUGAAGGCUGAUAUUGAGGGUCUUGUAACAGAAAAAGAGGCCUUACAGAAGGAAGGAGGCAACCAGCAGCAGGCUGCCUCUGAAAAGGAGUCUUGUAUCACACAGCUGAAGAAAGAGUUAUCUGAAAACAUCAACGCUGUCACAUUGAUGAAAGAAGAGCUUAAAGAAAAAAAAUCUGAGAUUAGCAGUCUUAAUAAACAACUCACUGAGUUGAACGAUCAGCUUCAGAAUAGUAUUAGCUUGACGGAAAAAGAAGCAGCCAUUUCCUCACUAAGUAAGCAAUAUGAUGAAGAACAACGGGGACUGCUAGAGCAGGUGCAGGAUUUAUCUUUGAAAGUGGAUACUCUGAGUAAAGAGAAAAUGUCUGCUCUUGAGCAAGUAGAUCACUUGUCCAACAAAUUCUCAGAAUGGAAGAAGAAAACACAGUUAAAAUUUACACAGAAUCAAAAUACUAUUAAAGAGUUGCAGAUUCAACUUGAGUUAAAAACAAAGGAGGCCAGUGAAAAGGAUGAGCAGAUAAAUUUAUUGAAGGAAGACCUUAGUCAGCAAAAUAAAAGAUUUGAAUGUUUAAAGGGUGAAAUGGAAGAUAAGAAGAGCAAGAUGGAGAAAAAGAAGUGUAAUUUAGAGACUGAGUUAAAAACUCAAACAGUGAGAAUUGUGGAGUUAGAGGAACAUAUCACUCAGAAAACAAUUGAAAUUGAGUCCUUAAGGGAAGUCCUUAAAAAUUACAAUCAGCAAAAAGAUAUUGAACACAAAGAACUGGUUCAGAAACUUCAACACAUUCAAGAGUUAGGAGAAGAAAAGGACAACAAGGUUAUAAAAGCUGAAGAAAAAAUCUUAAAACUUGAAAAGCAGGUGUCCUUCAUGAAGUCUGAACUUGAAACUACGAAUAAAGAAUUGGAACAUGUGAAUUCAAGUGUGAAAAGCAAAGAGGAGGAGUUAAAGGCCCUGGAAGAUAGACUUGAGUUGGAAAGUGCUGCAAAACUAGCAGAACUGAAGAAAAAAGCUGAACAAAAAAUUGCUGCCAUUAAGAAGCAGUUGUUAUCUCAAAUGGAAGACAAGGAACAGCAAUAUAAAAAAGAUACAGAAAGCCAUUUAAGUGAGCUAAAUUCAAAACUGCAGGAAAGAGAGAGGGAAGUUCUCAUCUUGGAAGAAAAACUUAAAUCAGUAGAAAGUUCACCACAACCAGAGACAUUAAUUGUACCCAGGUCAGCAAAAACUGUGGCAGUGUGUACAAAGCAAGAAGCCGCAGAUUCCCAAGGCUCUGUGCAGAAGGCAUAUGAAGAAAAAAUCAGUGUUUUACAAAGAAAUGUCACUGAAAAAGAAAAGCUAUUACAGAGGCUGGAACAGGAAAAAGAAGAGACAAAGUCUUCUCAUUCUGAAAUGCAGUGCAAAUAUGAGGAGCUCUUAAUAAAGUUAGAACAUGCUGAAACAAAGCAACGUGAAGAUCAAGUUACGAUAAAUUGUCUUAAAGAAGAACUUGAAGGAAAAAACAAGAAGUCUUCCUUGAUAGUAUUCCAGCAUGUGGAAGGAGAAGGAGGGAAAAACAACAUAGGGGCAAAGCAAACCUUGGAAAAUGUGGUUGAUGAUUUCCAGAAAACCCUCCAGGAAAAGGUACUAACCUGUCAGAUCUUGGAGCAAAAGAUAAAAGAGCUGGAUUCCUGCUUAGCAAGAGAGAAGGAAGUACAUAGAUUUGAAAUGGAAGAGUUGACCUCAAAAUACGAAAAAUUACAGGCUUUACAACAGCAGAUGGAUGGGAAAAAUCACCCCAUAGAAGUUCUGGAAGAAAGUACUGAAAACUCAGAAUCACAUGUAGUCCAUCCCAAAUUGCCUGGUAACAAUGAGGCCCAGCACAAUGACCUGGAAUUUAAAUUAGCAGGGGCAGAGCGGGACAAGCAGAGGCUGGGCAAGGAGGUUGAUAAAUUGCAGAAAGACCUUCGAAUGUUGCGGAAGGAGCACCAGCAAGAAUUGGAUAUAAUAAAGAAAGAAUAUGAACAAGAAAUGGAAGAGAAAAUCAAACAGGAGCAAGAAGAUCUUGAAUUAAAACACAGUUCCACAUUAAAACAGCUGAUGAGGGAGUUUAAUACACAGCUAGCACAAAAGGAGCAGGAACUAGAAAUGACCAUAAAAGAAACCAUCAAUAAGGCCCAGGAGGUGGAGGCUGAACUUUUGGAAAGUCAUCAGGAAGAGACAAAUCAGUUACAUAAAAAGAUUGCAGAGAAAGAAGAUGAUCUGAAAAAAACAGCCAAAAGAUAUGAAGAAAUCCUUGAUGCUCGUGAGGAAGAAAUGACUGCAAAAGUAUUGGACCUACAGGCUCAACUUGAGGAGCUGCAGGAGAAAUAUCAGCAAAAGCAACCGCAGGAGGAGAACACUGGUGAUGAUAAAACACAACUAGCACAGAAGACGACUCUUAUCAGUGAUUCAAAGUUGAAAGAGCAAGAGUUCAGAGAACAGAUUCACAGUUUACAAGACCGUUUGAAGAAAUAUGAGAAGAAUGUAUAUGCAACAACUGUAGGGACACCUUACAAAGGUGGCAAUUUGUAUCAUACCGAUGUCUCGCUCUUUGGAGAACCUACCGAAUUUGAGUAUUUGCGGAAAGUGCUUUUUGAGUAUAUGAUGGGUCGUGAAACUAAGACCAUGGCAAAGGUUAUCACCACUGUACUGAAGUUCCCUGAUGACCAGACUCAGAAAAUUUUAGAAAGAGAAGAUGCUCGGCUAAUGUCAUGGCUCCGGUCUUCAUCUUGAAGAAAUGGGGAGAGUGAUGUUGGGCAAGCCUGCUGCAGCUUGGAAGACUGUCCACAUUUGUAAUUCUUUGAGAAUGAAGUUUUUCAGGGCCUCUCAUGUAGCCAAAAGACCAAGAAAGCUCUGGCAUUGGCCCACAGAUAUAUUGCAGAUUUCCUUUUAAAUAGAUUUUAUCAGUGGAGAAAUGCUAAUGGUUUCUUUUUCCUUCAGUUUUCUGUUGGGCAGAGUUUUAUGUUGUGUAAAGGAUAUUUUUAAUAACUUAACCUGAUUUAUGAGCUUACUUAAUGUUCCUUCUAUUCUUUUUGUCCCUCUUUUUAGAGAACUGCUUGCCUUUCCUAUUUAUUUUUAAGGUGAUUUUUACAAAAAGACUUGUGCAAUACAUUUUGAGGUGAAACCUAGUGACUUUUUUUCUGAUAAAUUAGAGUAUUCAAUUGACUAUUUUAUCCAGAUUGAUUCAUUGAAUAUUUGCUAAAGACUAGCUCUUUAAGCUAUGACAUGAUAAAUCAGAUGGCAGUACCUCAUGUUUACUUAGCUUUUGUACUUAUACUUUUCAGAGGAAAAAAUACUACUGUAAAUUGUAAAUAGUCAAUACAUAUAAUUGUAUUGUAUGCAGAUCUUUGACUGUUGACAAUGUCAUCCUGAAGGAACAGAUAAAUAAAGUUUAUUUACUGUAUAGAUUUUGCUUCUUGUGCUUCCUCCUAAGUUGAAAUUUAUUUCAAAAUAAUCGAGAAUCUGUGUUCUAGCUACAUGAAGAUAGUGAUGCACUAUUUGUCAGUAUAGCUAAAUGGUGAGCAUUUGGAAGGA